GACUUCCAGAAGCGGUAUCCACACAGAGAACUGGUUGUUCACAUAUCUGAAUCCCACCACUGCCUAAAGGUCAUGUCUUUAAAGUUUGGGCAGGGGAUGUAGAUUUUAUGAGUCUUUGUCUUUCUAAUCUCAUCAGCUCUAAGCUUCCUGGCCCUAGUCUUCCUGAAUGAAUCACCAAAUCUACAUUUCUACAGAGCUAGUUUCUGCUGAAUUUCUGCUUGGGACUAUUAAGAAAAACUGGGCCACCUUUUCUGUCUAGGAUCCUUUGGGGAAAUAUAUUCUGCCUUUUUAAUAUCCACCCAAAUAUUUCUUUCUGGGGGGGGUACUGUCCUCCCACAACUAGACAGAAAAAAAAUUCCUACUUUUCUCACCUAGGAAGCAGGAAAAGAUUGGUUUAGCCAGAUUCAUGCAUAACACAAACAAGGGCAUGCUACAUGAACUUCAUGUGGUUACUAGGAGUUUAAAAUGUCUUGAGGGCAUAUAAUCAGCCAAUUAAUGUCUCUUUUCCAUCAUAUUCCAUGUCUUGCACACCCUUAUUUUUUAAGUUUGAUUUAAUUUUUAAAAGGUGAAAUCUAUAAUUGUUCAACUCAAAGCCCUCUCUGUCUGCAGCAUUGUUAAUCAACACAAUCUGUUUUUGUUACAAGCACUCCUUUAGGUCUCACCCAGAUCUCUGAGGCUCUGAAAAAUAAAGAACCAAUAGCCUCAAUUCUUUGGUUCCCUUGAAAAAUGGGGGGGAGGGACCAAUUACAGGUAAUCCUCAACAUAUGACAAUUAAGACUAGAAUUUCAAUUGCUAAGCAAGGCAGUUAUUAAGUAAACUGUGCCUGAUUUAAUGAGCUUUUUGCUAUGAUUGUUAAGCAAAUCACUGCAGCUAUUAUGUGACUCAUGUGGUUGUUCAGCAGACCUGGCUUCCCUUCUUGACUCUGCUUUUCAGAAGCCAGCUAGGAAGGUUGCAAAUGGCAAUCAGAUGAUCCCACGAUGCUGUAACCAUUAUGAAGACAUGCCGUUUGCCACGUGCCCAAAUUUUGAUCACAUGACCAUGGGGAUGCUGCAAUGGUCAUAAGUGUGAGGACCAGUUGAUCCACCAUGUGGAGCUCUUUAUGUCUUCUUUUCCUGUUCAAAAUUCUAGUCCCUAGUUUUGCCGCCUGUCUCCAUAGCCAACCUGACCAGCAACAGAUUGAAGAAGUGUUCCUGGAUGCCACUUCUGCAAACAAAUUCUUGAGCCGUAAGGUUCUUUAUAACCACUGGGAUUUUGAGCUGAUUGUUCCAGACAACUUGGAGCGUGAAUGCAGAGAAGAAGUUUGCAACUAUGAAGAAGCUCGGGAAGUCUUUGAAGACGACUCAAAAACAAAAAAAUUUUGGGAGACCUAUCCACACAAUGGAAGAGGAGGAGCAAGAAAUCCUGGAGUAGAUGUGGCAGGCCUGGUGGCUGGCCUGAUUGCAGCUUUGGUGUCUAUUGUCAUGUUUAUAAUUGUGGCCCUGUAUUGUAUCAAAUACCGUGCUAAAGAGAGAAAUCGAUCCAGAAGAACACAGGAAAAUUUGAAUCCAGGGAUUCCCCUUGCCAACUUUGAUGAUGAGCCCAAGCCGGAAUCUGCACCUGGGCUUCCUUCUUAUGAGCAAGCAAUGGCUGCUCCAGGAGUACACGACGCACCACCCCCACCAUACAACAGGAACAUGACUACUGUUGAAAUCUGAUAUAUAUGAGGCUGGCACUAUAUUAAGAAUAUGCUGUAUCAGAGUAUUGCCGGUACUGAAAGGGAACCAAUAAUCCCUGUAGUUAUAAAGGCUAGUCUUGAAGAUGGUUCAACAUCUUGAUGACUUUAUUGCAGUCAAAGGGUAUAUCUUGCUCAAAAGGUAUUGAUGACUUUAUUGCAGUCAAAGGGUAUAUCUUGCUCAAAAGGAACAGAUGAGGGAAAAAGAAAGGGAGAGAGAAGUUGUAUAUGUGUGACUUCUGAAACCUCCAGAUAAAUCCAUGAAUCUGAGAUUGGAAGCUAUGAUGAAAGCCUAUAGAUGAGGAUAGGAAGAAAAGGAAGAGAAAAGUUCUAUCAAAGUAGCAAUAUAGGACAGGCUGCCAAGCCAACAGAAAGCACACAUUAUACUGUAUUUUUCUGAAGCAGUUACAAAACUUUCACAGAGACAGUUAUUGUAUUAAUAGGGAAUUUUGAACAUCCUCAACAUCUGGAAGUCUGCUAAGUCUGGAACAUCUCAGUAAAAUCCUGACUUCCUGGUCUCUCUGUCACUCAGAAAAUAAAGGACGGAAAAAAAGAACCUCAUAUCCUCGAUUUUAGUUCUGAUCAAUGGGGAAUGCUGAUGAAGAGACAGUGUUACAAACAUUGGGAAGGAUGGUGGCUGUGUUGUAAUUUUGGAAUUUGUGGUAGUAAGGGAUGUGUAUAGUUGGAUAUGUACUUGACCUUUAAGAAUGACAAUCUUAAAAAACUCAAAAAAAGUUGCAAAGGUAGUAGAGUUCAGCAAGAAUUGGAAUAUCAUUGAAGAUGAAUUGCAAAUUGUUCCACUGAGAAGGAAAAAUGGAAUCUGGCUUCACAAGUUCGUUGAAGAGCUGAGAGUGAGAGCUUAUUUUAUUAUUUUAUUUUAUUUUAUUUUUUUACAAAAGAUUAUAUAGGUGAUUGCUCCUAUAAGGAUGAGAUAGAAAAGUAAGGUUCAGAAUGAAAUAAGGCUUGUGAAGGAUACUAAAAGCACCAGAAAGAGCUUUUUGUUUAUGUUUGGAUCAAGAGGAAAACAGAAGGAAGGUUCAGAUAGGCCAGCUCCUUAUGAAAUGUCAUGUGAUAAUGGAGAUGACACAAAAGGAAAGUAUUAUCUUGACUCCACCUUCAUCCAUAAAGAGUUGUGACAAAGCUGGAAUGGAAAGCUGACACCAUGGGAUAUAAUCAGAUUACAAAUCCAUUCAUGAAAGGCUGAAAAUGUGGGCAAAUACCUACAAGUGAGAUACAUAUAUCCAACCAAUUGAAAUAAAUGUAAAGUAUAAUUGUAGAUAAACAAAAGUAAAAGGGCAAGGAUUGAAUGAAACAUUGGCUUGGCCAAGGAUUUAGAUGUGUCAGUAGGUCAAAGAUUAAGAUGAGCCAGCUGUAUGAUACAGCUGUUAAAAAUAGCAUGAACAGUUUCAUCCUAUUUAGCACUGGCUGAACUUUACCUAGUGUUGUGUUUAAACUUGGUUACCAUAUUUUUUGGAAGGUCAUCAAGGAAUUAGAUCAUACCCCGAGGAUGGUGAAUCAGGUGGUAAAAAUCCUGGAAGUCCUUCUGUGUAAAGAUUUGUUGGAAGAAUUGUGUUGAAUCUUCAAAUAUUAAAAUUGAAUAUGAUAGCAAUACUUGAUAGAUUGUCAUGAAGAAGAUGAAACAGAUUUGUCCUCUGCUAUUUCAGAAACAAUCCCCAACCCUUCAGGGACAUUAUAGGCAAGUAGAAUUUGACUUAACAUUUGCAAAACCUCUGCAGUGGUAAAUGCUAUUCAGCAGUAGUUCAGUGUGUCACUGAUAAGCUAUUUCAAUGGAUUAAUUCAAGUACGGGCUAUAACUAUCCAGAUUUAUUUCAUAUGCUUAGUAGAGCACUGGAGUAGCUGAAAAUCUUUUAUUUCUUUAUACCAGAGGUGGGGAACGAUGGCCCCCUUAUGACUUGUGGACUUUAACUCAUGGCUCAGGAAUUCUGGUAAUUGAAGUCCACAAGUCAUAAAAGGGCCAUCAUUCCCCACCCCUGCUUUAUACCAUGGAGCCCCCUACUUAAAUUGCAGGUAUACUGUAGCAUCUAUAGUGGUUUAUUUGCAUUUUCUUGCAAGUAAGUAAGGUUGUUAGGGUUUCUCAACAAUCCAAUGGAAGUUAGCCCAGUGGAAAAAGAACAUAUUUUCUCUUAAGGAAAUACUAUAUGUUACAAUCAUUUGUGCUAAGUUUCAUCCUUGGCUGCAAAGAAAAGAAGUGAAAAGUAGAACUUGGCCCUUAGUGUUAAAACUUGCAUUUUAACAGUACAAUUUCCCAUCAUUCUUAAUAUAGAAGAGGAUGGCAGUUCUUCCCAAAACAUGAUCUUAAUCUUUCCCUUAUUCAUUUUCUCAGGAAUAUUUUAAUCCAGCUAGUUUUUUCUUCAUUCACUUGUUUCCAUGGAUUACUUUUUCUUCAAUUACCAUAUCUUUCUUUUUCUUCAGGAAUAGUGUCAAUUUGACUCGGCCAACCUGAGUUUUCAACAGCAGGAUAAAUAUUCUUGAGAUACCUAUUGGUCUCCUUCAUCUAUACAAAAGACACUAUGCACAUGCCUGCAUGACAGCCAAAGCAAGGACUUUGAAGCGGACAAUUAAUGCAUGCUGGAUAUGAAUCUGCAGUAUGAACAGGCUGUAUGUGAGAGUCAGGUGUGCAGAAAAGAAUAUUGCAGAAUGUUUUGGUUGAAAAAUUAAAAUCUAAAAUUGCAAAUGCGCAUAUUAGGACUGUUAUCACUAGAUAAUGUGAAAGUGAACUGCUAAUUUGCACAGAUUUCCUCCCCCCAUUUUUUUCCUCUUCCAUUCAUUUUAUGAAUGAGUUUUUUAUAACUGUCUUUUCUAUCAACAUGUGAUUUGCAAGGAUUAUAUUGAGGAUAAAUGAAAAUUGUUUUUAUUUGAAGAUAAAGAUGAUUGAUUGUACCAGACUAAUUCAUAUACUAGGAACUCUAAGCUGGAGUAAGAAAUCUUAUAGCUCAAAACAGAGAUUCAGUUUGGGGAAACUGCCCUGGAUUAUGCAAGCUCAAACAUUUAUUCAGGUGCAGAAAGAAUAGGGAUAUUACAAGUUGUCUCCUUUAAUUGGCAUGCAGUAUAAAAAACAGGAAUGGCUAGCUUGAAAUAUUCAUUGGUAAAAUUGCAUUUUGCCCCUGCUUGUUCCAAAGAAUAGUAUUUGUUACAGCCACUGACUAAAUUCAUGAUCUACUUUUCCAGUUCUAAGAACAGAAUAUACAAGGAGCUGACUUAUAUCAGAUCAGGUUAUUUGACCAUCUGGCCCAGUGUUAUUGUUUGACUCACAUCUGCUCUCCAGAAGCCUUAGCAGUGAAAGGCUUCUCCCAUCAGAGUUGCCUGAUCCAUUUAAAAUUUGGUCUGGAUUAAGUUUGAUUUUAUUUUCACACAAAGUGGGUUCCCAUCUCCAAGCUCUGUUCCCCUCUUAACCUAAAGACAGACAUGCCCACCCAUGCUUCCAAACUGGUCCUGAGAAUCUUAUUAGGGAAGGCAGAUUAGCAAUGCAAAUUGGACAGUAGCACAGGUAUUUCGAGACAAGUAAGAAAUUUAGCCAGAGAUGGACAAUAAAUAAGAAAGUAGAAUCACAGAAAAUGGGGGCACCACUGCAGUGAUGUAAGCAUGAAAGAGAACAAAACAUGUUUAUAUAUGCUUUUAAGAGCUAUAUUGCACAGCUGUCUGUAGCACAAGAUGAGAAUGAAGUGCAAGAUGGUGUGGUUGGACAAAACACAUUUAUAAGCACAGAUGUUAAGUUCAUAUCUCUCCUGCCUUUCCACUUACUUGUCAUGAAAUAUGUUUGCUUGGCUUUGAGCACAAUAGAGAGAACUCUUCAUCAUAGAUAUAAGGAAGGGGCAGCAGUUUGCUGAGUGUUGGUGAACAAUAAUAUGGCCUAUUAAAUGAAUAGUCUGUAAAUCUUUUAACAUGAUUUCUAUGGAAAAUAAAAUUUUAAAAGCUA